AUGGCAGCUCAUAUACCUUAUAACAUUCUUAAAUCUCCAAGAAUUGUGGCUUUGGCAACAAGAAUGAAAAUUUCUCCUGCACAUCACAAUAAUCUGCACUCACUGAUGCCAUUAUUGAACAAUCAGGAGGUGAUGCUAGCAAAAUUGCUGUAUCAUAUGCCACAGCAGACAGGUCCAGGUUUAUGGUUAAUGAAGAAAUUGCUUCUGAAGUUUGGAAGUCAUGGGUUCUACCAAAGUUAUUAUCAUGGUAUUAAGGGUAAAAAUAACAAUGACACUAAUAAUUUAUAUAAUCAUUUUAUAGAUUGUCUGAAUGAAUCACCAAAGCUUGUAAAAAAAAAAUUUGCAGCUGAUGUUUUGAAACAGAGUCUUGUACCUAAAACUAAAAGUGGAAUAAUACUUGUAAAAUCUUCAUCUGAACUUGACACAAAUACAAAGAAUAAUGAAGGUGUGUCACGUUUAAUAAGUAAUUCGUAUGAUAACAACCUUACCAGUUUUGUAAAAAAAGUAGGCACCAAUUCCACAAUGAAUAUGGUUGCUAAUGACUUAUAUUCUGAUCUCCAAGAGUGUUCUUUUUCAAAAUCUUUAGAAAAGGCUGUCAGUUCAACCUCUAUUAUUUGUGUCUUUGUGACUCAUUGCGAUUGGCAGUGCAUAUCUAACUGCGAUACUAAACUGAAUUUUAAAGAACGCACAAUAUAUUCAUUUGACUGUGAAGAUUGUGGCUAUCGAAGAUUAGUGGCAAAUUGGACUAUAGAAGAUGAUAAAGGAAAUUUUCCAGAAGAACUUUCUGUUCAAAAUGCUACUUCUACAGGGUUUUUAAUCCCCAGUCUUGUAAUUAAUAAAGAUAUUCUUUUUGAAUCAAAAAACUACACAUUUACUUUGAUGGUUGGCUACGUGAAUUCUGUCAAAAAAGUUAAAUUAAAGUUUAAAAAGUCAACUUGUUCUCAGCCUACUCCAGGAUAUUGCAUUAUCAACCCAACAGAAGGGAUUGCCCUUGAGACAAAGUUUAUACUUAUUUGUGAUGGAUGGAGAGAUUCUGAUGGAUUGCUUCGUUACGCUUUUUAUUAUGAUAAUGGUCAGUCACAGCAAAUAAAACUUAGUAGUGUAACCUCAAUAGACUAUCCCAUGUUGAAUCCAGGUACUACUGACCAACCAAGUUUAAUAAACUUUGUAAUGGGUCCAGGUGAUGAGAACAACGAUUUCAAAAUCAGAAUUAUUAUAAAAGUGAUUGGAAAGUACCAAGCAUACACGGAAAAUUAUCUAUAUAUCAAGGUGUACCCAAAUAAUAAAACAUUGAAUUUCAAAAACUUGAUAGCUAACAUCAGUCUUAAUGAUACACAAAGUAUUGCUAAUCUUGUUCAAGCAGUUAGCAAUAAUAUAAACAAAAACUUUGCAAAUCAAUAUAAUAUCACUUCGUUGUCUGCUAAUGAAUUAUUUGGUAUUGUUGAUGAAGAUAUUUUGAAACAACAAAAGCAGCAAGAAUUGUCUAGUUUACAAGAAUUACGCACACAGUUAAUUGAUUUAAUGAGCAAUUUGUUGCUUGACGACUUAAAUUCUUUUAAAUCAAUAAGUGAUGCUUUAGUUGUUACAACACAAAACCCAUUACAGAUUGUUCCUCAGGCUCAGAAUCAAGCAGCAUCUAUAGUAGAUAAACUAGCUAAAUUAUUCACCAAAAAACAUCUAAAAGGUUUUGGUGCAGAAAAAUUUGAGAUUAUGUCCCAGUCAUUUGUAAAUUCACUCUCUAACUUGCUGCAACUUACUCCUUCGAUACCAUCAUUAAAUUACUUGCAACAAGAUGAAAAAAUAGUGUCACAAUUAAUAAAAUCAAUGGAAAACUAUUUAAUAGCAGUACAAUCAUACAAAGUUCCAGGUGAAAAUAUAACAGUUGGCGAAACAAAGCAGUUUGAUUUUUUGUUAAAAAAAGAUAUUUUUAUUGGUUUAAAUAACAGUUUUAUUGGUUCAUCUGAUGGUUGGUUUUCUUUACCAGAUUCUAAGGAAUUGUUUAAUGAGUCUUUAAAAAAUUCACAAAUUUCAAUUCAUAAUGUCAGAAUGAAAGAUGUUGUUCACACAUGGGAUACUGAUCGAUCUAAAAACAUUCGCACAGAAACUCAAACUCUUUUUUUUUCUGAUUCUAAUGGUCAUCCAAUAAAAGUAAGUAACAGCUCUCAACCAAUAAACAUUUCAAUAAGAAAUAAACCUGAAACAAUGAAUGGGGAAAAUAUAUCUUUAUCUAUGCCUAACGAUGCAUACCAUGUCAGCCUUUCAAUUGCAUCAGGCUGUAAGAUGCUUUUAAAAUUCAUUUUCAAAAAUGAUGAAAAUAAUUUAACAAAUCUUAUUGUUUAUAUUCAAUAUGGAAAAGUAGCAACAAAACUUGAUUAUGACAUUAUGCUCAACAUUUCUGUCAAACAGGGUGUUGUCAUAACAAAAAACAACCAUUUAACCGAUACAGCAAUAUUGAACAUUAGCAAAACAAUAACUAAAGAUUCUAAUAGAGCUUUACAAAGAAAUCAAGAUGUUCUGCUUCUUGCUGAUGGUGCAAUAAUGUUAUGGAAUUUUGACAAUUCAACAUACUCAUUGUUAAAUAAAAGUGAACUACAUUUUAUGUUUUUGUAUUCUGGUGCAAUGCCAGCUAAAAAGUUAGUUACAAACACAUAUAAUUUUGAUGAGACAGAGUAUUUUGGGAAGUUUGAUUAUGAAAUGAAAUCAUUUUGUGUUGAAUGCAGUUACUGGAAUGAAGACGCAAACAAAUGGAUGUCAGAUGGAUGUCAGCUUGAUGUUGAUCACACAAGUUUUUUAAUAACCAAAUGUAAAUGCAAUCAUUUGACAACUUUUGGCGGAUUAUUUGUUGCUCCCAAUCGUUUACCUACACUUUCUAUAUCAAAAAUAAAAAAAGGAUAUGUAUUACUUAUAACAGUUAUAACAGUAAUUUCAUUAUGGUUGCUUGGACUGUUAAUCACAAGAAGAUUAGAUAGACAAGAUAUCUCCAAGGUUGGUGUUUGUCCACUUGCUGAUAAUCGGGAUGAAGAUACUUACUUGUAUCAAAUCAUUGUAAAUACUGGUUCUCAGAAAAAUGCUGGCACCAAAUCAAACAUCUUUUUUAAUGUUGCAGGCGAAUUAAAUGAUAGUGGAGUAAGACAUUUAAAAGAUCCAGAAAGACAAUGUUUUCAAAGAUCAAGCUGUGACAUGUUUAUUAUGGCUACUCAGAGCACUCUUGGUGAUUUAGAUUUUAUUCAGUUGUGGCAUGAUAAUAGUGGUGGAGGUUGGUAUGUAAAAAAUGUUAUAAUCAUUGACUUUCAAACUGAGAAAAGGUUUGUGUUCAUUGUCAAUUGCUGGAUUGCUGUGGAUCGUGGCUUGUGUAAGUUAGACUGUGUUAUACCAGUAGCAUCAUUUGAAGAAUCAACUAAUUCUCUUUUUGUUUUUAAAAAUAAAGCACAGCAUAAAUUGCAUAAUGAGCAUUUAUGGUUUUCAAUCUUUUUUCGUUCGCCUAAAAGUAACUUUACUAGAUGUCAAAGGUUAUCUGUUGCAGUAUCUUUAAUUAUGACUUCCAUGAUGGUUAGCACAAUGUUUUAUCACAGUGUUUCUCAAGCAGAUCCAGCAGUAGAAAAUAAAGUUGGCAACUUCAUAAUUAAUUGGACACAGGUUUUUGUGGUAUUAAUUUCCACUUGCAUUAAGUUUCCAGUAAAUUUUAUACUUGUGAAGUUAUUUUGUUCAAUAAGAAAAUCUCCAAGAAACAAUACACAUAAUUGCUUAACUUGUGAUACAAACAAUGUUGUUCGAAAAGAGUCAUAUGCUUGUGUACAUCUCCUAGAAAACAAUGACUCACACCCAAACAAAAAAAAACUGUUAAUUUCUAUUGAAAAAUGCAAAUUGUAUAUGGCAUGGUUCAUUUGUGUUGGAAAUAUUCUUGCUUGUGGCAUUAUUGUUUUCAUGUAUGGAGUGGCAUUUGGAAAUCAAAAAUCAUUGAAUUGGUUAGCAUGUGUCACUAUUGAUUUUGUUAAAAGUAUACUUGUAUUGGAUCCAUUAAAAAUUUUUAUAGUGGUUAUUGUUAUGGUUCUCAUUGUAAAAAAGAUUGAUGACGAAACUGAAAAUAGUGAAGUUGAAAAGCAAGGUAAAAGAUUGGCUUUUGAUGAAAAUUGGCUCCACAAGCCUAAAGAUAAAUUUAGAAUGGAUAGUGAUUGCAUAUUAAUGCAGCCUCUUGAUUAUUCAACAGUAAAAAAGAUGAGUGAGCAAAGACAAAAGCACCAGAAGAUACACGCUAUAAUUAAAGAACUGUUUUUGUACAUUUUCUAUGCAUGCUUAGUGUUCUUUAUUGGUUAUUUUUCACAUAGUGGACUCACUUUUUAUCAAACUCGCAAUGUUCAAGAACUUUUCAAUUUGAAAUUAAGAUUGCCUGCAAAUCCAAACAUCCCAUUAUUUAAUCAGAUUCAAUCCUCACAAGAUUUUUGGCAUUGGAUGGAAGAAUUUUUUCUACCACAAGUUUUUCCUGAACCUUGGUAUAACUUAAGUGAUUUUUAUGCAAAUACAGACAUAAAAAAUUUCCCUGGAAAACUUUUUUUAAAUGAUCUUAACUCGAAAAUUGUGAAUGGAAUACGAGUUAGACAAGUUCGUGUAAAGCCAAAUUCUUGCACAAAAGCCAACUCAAUUGCCAAGUUUAUUGCUAUAAAUUGUUUGUCUCCAUAUAAAACUACUUUAGAGGAAACAAGAGGUUUUGAUUUGAAUUGGACUAUUCCAAAACAAUAUAACUCUACAAUUAAUACUUUGACAAUGCCUUGGAGGUAUCAAACCUGGCAAGAGCUUGAUGGGUAUCCAUAUAUAGCUAGAAUAAACACUUACUAUGGCGGUGGUUAUGUUAUAGAAUUAUUUUCCAAGUGGAAAAAUCAAGUUAUUCUUGAUCAAGCAAAAAAACACAGAUGGAUUGAUAGACAAACACGAGCUAUAAUAAUUGAAUUUGUUUUGUUUAACGCCGCUACUAAUUAUUUCAAUAUGGUUACAAUGGCCUUAGAGUUUCCAGCUUCUGGUGGAGUUGUUCCUAAUUUUUCUGUUCUAACAUUCAAUUUAUAUGCAUCAGCGACUGAAUCAAAGGCUAUGUUGGGUUCCCAAAUUCUAUUUAUCUUGAUGACUAUAUUAUUUACUAUUCGAGAAUCUCGUUUUUUAUAUCGAGCUGGUUGUAAAUAUUUUGUAGAGUUUUGGAAUUUAGUGGAAGUUGCAUUGAUAAUACUAUCUAUUACUGCUGUAGGACUUUUCUUUUAUAAAGAUUAUCUAGCCAAAGUUUUAUUGCAACGGCUUCCAGAUAAAAAACCACAGGUGUUUAUCAAUUUCCAGUUUGCAUCUUACUGUGAUAUGUUGUAUGUGUGCAUUGUUUCACUAAUCAUUUUCUUUGUUACUUUAAAGUUCAUUAAACUUUUGCAGUUCAAUCAUCAUGCUUCAAUGAUAUCUUAUACUUUAAAAGCUGCAUGGUAUCCUUUAUCAAUGUUUGGAAUUGUCUUUUUUAUCAUUUUGUGUUCAUUUGUUACUUUUUCUAAUAUUGCCUUUGGCGCAUUAAUGUUUGAGUACAAAACUUACAGUGAAGCAAUAGUUUCGACAGUUUCAUUAUUAUUGGGAAAGUUUAGUUUUAAUCAAUAUGAACGUGCUAACAUUUUUCUUGGCCCAAUUUUUUUUUUCGGUUUCAAUGUUACAGUAAAUUGGAUCAUAAUGAACGUGUUUAUAUCCAUUUUAAAUGAUGCUUUUAGCAUAGUUCAUGCAAAUCAUGAGUUCCAGAGUAAUGAUUAUGAGAUAGUUGGUUUUAUUUUGAAACGCAUUAAAGGUUGGUUUAAACAUAGACAAAGAAUAUCACAGACCCAGACACAAGUACAGUCAGAAAAGAAAUUUUACUCAAAUAGUAAAGUUAUACAAGUUACAGAGUAUGUUGAUAAAUAUUUAAAAAAAAACGAUUCCAUCAAAAAAGUGGAAUCUAAAAAACUAUACGCUGUUGAAUUAACUAACGUUUCAUUCGAAGAUUUAUCAUCAAAAUUCGAUUACUUAUUGAACGAGAGUAAACUUGAUAUUGAAAUAAGUGAAACAAUUGAUCAAAUAUUCGAUAAAAAUUUAUUUGAAAAGUUUAUUGAAAGUAUGAAGGUUGUCUAUCAUAAUAAUAAAAAAAAGGUCAAACUUACAAAAAUGAAUGAAGUUAUUAUAAUGGACACAGAGGAAGAAAUAUUUUAAUAUAUUUGUUUAUACUUUUUUCAAGUUUUUUUAUUUUUAUUAUUAUUAUUAU